AGUGAACUUGGCACCAUGGGGAUACAUGGGUUACUGCAGUUUAUCAAAGAAGCCUCUGAACCCAUCCACGUGAGGAAGUAUAAAGGGCAGGUGGUGGCCGUGGAUACGUAUUGCUGGCUUCACAAAGGAGCUAUCGCUUGUGCUGAAAAACUCGCCAGAGGUGAACCUACCGAUAAGUAUGUGGGAUUUUGUAUGAAAUUUGUAAAUAUGUUACUAACUCACGGGAUCAAGCCUAUUCUCGUGUUUGAUGGAUGUAUGUUACCUUCUAAAAAGGAGGUAGAGAAGUCCAGAAGAGAAAGACGACAAGCCAGUCUUCUCAAAGGAAAGCAGCUUCUUCGCGAGGGGAAAGUCUCAGAAGCCAGAGAAUGUUUUACCCGUUCUGUCAACAUCACGCAUGCUAUGGCCCACAAAGUCAUUAAAGCUGCUCGGUCUCUGGGCGUAGACUGUCUCGUGGCCCCGUAUGAAGCGGAUGCACAGUUGGCCUAUCUUAACAAGGCUGGCAUCGUACAAGCCAUCAUCACCGAGGACUCGGAUCUCCUUGCUUUCGGCUGUAAGAAGGUGAUUUUAAAAAUGGACCACUGUGGAAAUGGACUAGAAAUUGAUCAGGCUCGGCUGGGAAUGUGCAAACAGCUUGGGGAUGUGUUCACAGAAGAGAAGUUCCGUUACAUGUGCAUUCUUUCAGGCUGUGACUAUCUCUCCUCACUGCGUGGAAUUGGAUUAGCGAAGGCCUGCAAGGUACUGAAACUGGCCAAUAACCCAGACAUCGUAAAGGUUAUCAAGAAAAUGGGACAUUAUCUCAAGAUGAAUAUAACCGUACCAGAAGAUUACAUCGAAGGGUUUAUUCGAGCCAACAAUACCUUCCUUUAUCAGCUCGUUUUUGAUCCCAUCCAAAGGAAACUCAUCCCUCUGAAUGCCUAUGAAGAUGACGUUGAUCCUGAAACGCUAAGCUACGCUGGGCGGUAUGUGGAUGAUUCUAUAGCUCUUCAGAUAGCACUUGGAAAUAAAGAUAUAAAUACCUUUGAACAGAUCGAUAACUACAAUCCAGACGCUGCUACGCCCACCCAGUUAAGAAGUCAUAGCUGGAACGAUAAAACGUGUCCAAAGUCAUCUAAUGUUAAUAGCAUUUGGCAUAGGAAUUAUUGCCCUAGACGUGAGCUGGAUGUUGUUUCAGACGCUGCAAGAUUGAAGGAAAAUCCAAGUACUGUGGGCGUCGAGCAAGUGAUUAGUACUAAAGGGUUAAAUCUUCUGAGGAAGUCAUCCACUGUGAAAAGACCAAGAAGUGAAGAGCUGUCAGAAGAUGAUCUGUUGAGUCAGUAUUCUCUUUCAUUUACAAAGAAGAUCAAGAAAAAUAGCUGUGAAGGUAAUAAAUCAUUGAACUCUUCCGAAAAGCUCCUGCCUGACCUGGUGGAUGGAACUCCUACUAAAAAAAGCGUAAGCGCACCACCAACGAGAAGAAAUAAAUUUGCAACAUUUUUACAGAGAAAAAAUGAAGAAAGUGGUGCAGUUGUGGUUCCAGGGACCAGAAGCAGGUUUUUUUGCAAUUCUCUGGAUUCUGCUGACUGUGUAUCUAAGAAAGCAAGUGGCCAGCCUGUAGAUGAAACUGCUGUUGCAGAUAAAGAGACCAGUCUAGAUGACUCAGAUUGUCUAGAUGGCAAGAGGCUGGUUGAUACGAGUGUAGCACAUAACUCAAGUGAUCUGACUCCAGACCGUGUCACCGAGGUUGCUGAUGAGGAGUCUCCAUCUUCUGAGACCAACAAAUUCACAGGGACCAUUUCCCCACCCACUCUGGGGACACUAAGAAGCUGCUUUAGCUGGUCUGGAAGCCUUGGAGGUUUCUCAAGAACUCCGAGCCCCUCUCCCAGCACAGCUUUGCAGCAGUUCCACAGAAAGAGUGAUCCCCUCACCUCUCUGCCUGCGAAGAAUGAGAUGUCUGAUGCAUCUCAGUUAAAGAGUGAGGAGUCGGGUGAUGAAUCUCAUCCCUUGCCUGAAGCCAAUUGGUCUUCACGGUCUCAGGAGAGCAUGGAAUUAUCACCACACAAUCCAAAUGCAUCAAGACUUUCUCAGCCUUCUAGUAAGGAUUCAGAUUCAGAGGAAUCUGACUGCAAUUUUAAGUCACUUGAUAAUCAAGGUAAUCAGAAAUCCAAGCUACAUUUGUUUCGUUUUUCGAAAAAAGAUACAGUUCCAAGGAAUAAGGUUCCUGGGCUGUAUAAAUCCAGUUCUGUGGACAAUCUUUCUACCACCAAGAUCAAACCUCUUGUACCUGCCAGAGUCAGUGGGCUGAGCAAGAAGCCAGCAAGCAUCCAGAAGAGAAAUCAUCAUGAUGCCGAGAACCAGCCAGGGUUGCAGAUAAAAAUCAAUGAGCUCUGGAAAAAUUUUGGAUUUAAAAAAGAUUCUGAAAAGCUUCCUUCUUGUAAGAAGCCAGAUCCCCUGUCUCCAGUCAAAGAUAACAUCCAGCUGACACCAGAAGCAGAAGACGAUAUAUAUAACAAAUCUGAAUGUACACGUCUUCAGAGAGCAAUAUUCCAAUAAACACGGGCGGCUGGAGGCUGUGGCCCUCAGGAGAACCUCUAUCAAUUUGAAGUCCUGUUUAGGAAUGAGACAUUUACCAGUCUGAAAGAUUUGUUCUUAGAUCUAUGCCAUUUUUUAAAUAGAGUACAUUUUGUGUAUUAACUAUGUAAUUGUUUAUUUUGUUCAGCUUUUUAUAUUUUCAUAGGAAGCUAACUAGAGAUAUAAUUUUAUCUUUGACAGUUCUUGGAAGUUUUAAUGUUAAUUGGGCAAGUCCCCUAGAAUUUAUAAAAUCUACUCUAAGGAUUUCUGUAAUGUUGUCAAGUAUAAGGAUGGUAAAGGAAAAACCACAAUUAUGGAAUCAUUUUAUCCUAGAUGAAAUCACUGUAUUUUUCCAAGCUUUAAAUUUUUCCCCUGCCUUUCCUGCCUGUCUUUCAGGGUUGAAAUGAAAAUAAAGCUGCUGGGAUGGGAGGGGUUUUUGGAAGGGUUAAAGGUCAUUGCACAGAUGGACAGUGCUCUGUGAGCCCUGAAGAGUCUGCUU